AUGACGUCGUGUGCUCGUAACCCUCAAUUCGCGAGCUUCAAUUUCACGAACCCCUUCCGUUCUGCACGAUCAAUACCAAGUUCCCAUCGACUGCCGCAUCCCAGUAACUCAUACAUUCCACGUACAUCAACUUCACACUUUAGCACAAUGUCGUGGAUGGACUCCUGGAGCCGUCCGAGCAAGCAUGCCGUAACCCCACCACCUCUCUACCUCACAGUUGGCGACACCGUACCCUAUUGCCAUAGCUGUGGGCGCGUAAUCGGCGAACGAAGAAAGCAAGGCGCCACAGAAGUCAAGUACUGCUCAGCGCGAUGCAGAAACAGUAAACCGGGACCCAUUGAUCGCAAAGUCGAAGCUGCUUUCGCCGCGCUGUUGGACGGGAAGUCUCCUGAGGAGCUCAGAGAUGGUGAGGCUGUUAAGGAGCAAGAGAAAGGAAGUGUAGAUGAAGCCAAGGCAAAGAAGCACGGCAAAAAGGGCUCAAAGUCAGUGAAGAAAGGGGACCAUAGAAUUAUUGUAGACUGUGGCACUGUUGAAGAGAUUGUGUUCGCGAGAGAGAAGGAUCCAGAGAAAGUUUACGGACGGCGCAAGAAUCGGAAGGCCCGUUUUGUUGUCGAGAAGGAGGAGGAUUGGCGAAGUGUAGAUAUGGUUGACGAGCCGGCCACAUCAGCCAACCCAUCCGCCUCGACAACACUAUCAGGAAAGCCAGCGUCACAGCCACCACACGAGUUCACCAGCGACUCCGAAUCACUCUCAGAGUCAGAUGGCGAGCAAGAAGGAGGCGUCGUCUUAGAAUCCACGUCAACACCCACUCACGACCAGCAUCCCGACGAAGUAGCCUAUGGCUACGGCUCUGGCAAAAUUCGCCCACCACAAUCGCAAAACGACGUCAACGGCAGCGUCGGCGGCGAAAAAGGGUGGGCGGAACGAAUCGAGGAAACCGAUGAGAUGAAAGCCAAGCGGCGCGAGGGACAGAGAAGAGCAGUCGAGCGGGAGAUGGUCCGGAAAGCAGCGAGGAGAGGAUGUGCGUUUGGGUUUAUCGUUGAAGGCGAGGAGGCAAAGAAGAAGUGCGAGGCGGUCAUGAAGGGUGUUGUUGUUGAGGCGAGUUUCGCCAAAGGCGAAUGGGGAAUACGGUGGCGAGAGAAGAUUUAA